AUGUCCUCCUCUUCCAGCAUGUCUUCCAAUGAUACCGUCAUAGACCUCUCCUUCCCCAACCUUGCCCGGAAAAGCCUUCCGGACCUCGGUCCUCCUAAGACCUUGGAUGCCGUCCCUCAGAGAAGAAUCGUGAGGCCCUGGUCUGCCAGCGCGGCCUCUGGGCGUGAAGCCCCCACGGUGACCAAGAGCAAGUCCAACCCCAACUUGAGGUUGGACCAACCCAUGGAAGAUGACUUGCGCCCAAGGCCGCUCGGAUUCUCCUCGGUAUCCAGAAGGCACACCUGGAACCGGUUGUACAUGGAGAGCCUCAAGCGGUCGUGCCUGAAGCCAGAAGAGCAGAAGACCCUCGACGCCAACACCAUGAAGUCCAGGAGCCUUGGAGACCUCACCUCCGAUGACAUCACAUCCACUUCGGAGAGCAAGUACCGGAUCAUCCGCCGUAGCUUCGCCACCCGUUCAGACAGUGUCUCUCUCGGGGCAGGCGGCAAAGAUGCACCAAUGGUGUACGUCACAACUAUUCUGGAAGACCCCUACGUGAUGGUUAAGGGCCCCGAGUUGGAAGGCUACUGCAUCGACCUGUUGCAGAAGCUGUCGGAAAUGCUUCAUUUCAAGUACAAAGUCAGCAUCGUGAAGGAUGGCAAAUACGGGCGUCUCAAUUCCAACGGGAGUUGGUCGGGCAUGAUCGGAGAAGUCGUGAGGAAGGAAGCUGACCUGGCCGUAGCUCCCUUGACCAUCACGUCGGUCCGAGAAGACGCGGUGGACUUCACCCAGCCGUUCCUGCACACCGGCAUCGGCAUCCUGCUCGAGAAGGAAGCUGCCUUGGAAGAUGCCUCCCUCUUCCACUUCCUGACCCCCUUCACCAAGGAAACCUGGAUUGGCAUCCUCUUGGCUUACCUGCUCUCCAGUCUGUGUCUCUUCUUGGCUGGAAGAAUGAGCCCUUCAGAAUGGAGCGGAAACCGAGAGAACGAUUUCACCUUCCUGAAUAGCCUGUGGUUCAGUGCCGGAGCGCUCACCCUGCAAGGCAGCAUCCCUCAGCCCAGGUCACUUUCCAUACGGGUCAUCUCUGCCAUCUGGUGGCUGUUUGGCAUCGUGGUGCUGGCGGCCUACAUCGCCGGCUUCAGCUUCGUUCUGGAGUCGGCCGCGAACCACAUCUCCAUCCAGAACUUCGAGGACCUGGUGAAGCAGAGGCAGCUGGAAUUCGGGACCAUGGAAGACUCCUCCACGCUCCAAUAUUUCAAGAAUUCCAAAAGCCCCGUCCAGCAGCUGGUCUACGAGUCCAUGAUGAAGAAGGAAUCCGUUCUGACCAAGACUUACCAGGAAGGCAUUCAGCGAGUGCUGGAUUCCAAUUACGCCUUCAUCGGAGAAUCCAUUUCGCAAGAUCUCGCCGUGGCCCAGCACUGCAACCUCCUCCGGUCCCCGGAGGUUCUGGGCGGCCGAGGUUUUGGCAUCGCGACCCCGAAAGGAUCUCCUUGGACCAGCUUACUCUCCGUGGCCAUCCUGAAACUCGGCGAAUCCGGAGACCUGGACUACCUCCGCAGCAAAUGGUGGGAGAGCAGCUGUUCCCACGAAGACCACGACAAAUGGAGUCCUCUGAAGCCCCAAACUCUGGGGGGGAUUUUCCUCCUCCUGGCGCUGGGCCUCGUCUCGGGAAUGCUGGUGGCCGUGAUCGAGCUGUCCAAGCGGAGCCGCCACACGGCCGAACAGGAGAAGAAAUCUUGCUGUUCCGCGUUCACCAGGGAGCUGAGCCAGCGGUUCCAGGCGCGAGAAAACAGGCAGGAAAACGCAGAAAAAUCCAAGGCGUGA